AUGUCUGACAAGAAGUACGAAGACUUCAGCGUCCGCGUGCCCGAACAGAGCCUGCGCAGCCCGUCGUCCCCGUAUCGCGAGGAAAAGGACCCCUUCAUCCCAGCGCACCCGUCCCGAGCCCCGUCGCAGCACAACAUGGCGUCCCCGUUGAACAAGGUCGAGAACAGCCCGCCGCUGUCCAUCCUGGCGUACUGUCUCUCGUCCAUCUCCAUGACCGUGGUCAACAAGUAUGUCGUCUCCGGUACCGAGUGGAACUUGAACCUGUUCUACCUCGCGGUUCAGUCGAUCGUCUGCAUUGCUACCAUCGAGGCCUGCAAGCAGAUGGGCAUGAUCAAGAACCUCGCCCCCUUCGACAUGAACAAGGGCAAGCGGUGGUUCCCCGUCUCGCUGCUGCUCGUCGGCAUGAUCUACACCAGCACCAAGGCGCUGCAGUUCCUGUCCGUCCCCGUCUACACCAUCUUCAAGAACUUGACCAUCAUCGUCAUUGCCUACGGUGAGGUUCUAUGGUUCGGCGGCAGCGUCACCCCGCUCGCCCUGCUCUCGUUCGGUCUCAUGGUUCUGAGCUCCGUCGUCGCCGCUUGGGCCGACCUGGGCCACGCCAGCCAGACCGCCGAGGCCGCUGCCGCCUUGGCUACCCUCAACGCCGGCUACGCCUGGAUGGGUCUCAACGUCUUCUGCACCGCCUCGUACGUGCUGGGCAUGCGCAAGGUCAUCAAGAACAUGAACUUCAAGGACUGGGACACCAUGUUCUACAACAACCUCCUGACCAUCCCCGUCCUCCUGGUCGGCUCCCUGCUCGUCGAGGACUGGUCGACCCUCAACUUCCAGAAGAACUUCCCGGUCGAAUCGCGAAACUCGCUGAUGAUUGGCAUGAUCUACUCGGGCAUGGCCGCCAUCUUCAUCUCGUACUGCUCGGCCUGGUGCAUCCGUGUCACGUCGUCGACCACGUACUCCAUGGUUGGUGCGCUCAACAAGCUGCCCAUCGCCGUCAGCGGUCUGGUCUUCUUCUCGGCCCCCGUCACGCUGGGCAGCGUCUCGGCCAUUUUCAUCGGAUUCGUAUCGGGCAUCGUCUACGCGUGGGCCAAGGUGCGACAGAGCCAGAUUGGCAAGAUGGUGCUGCCCACGUCGCAGCCGAUCCAGAGCGCCAGCGCCAAGAGCAGCCGCGAUGCUGCCAACUCAUAG